AUGUCAGAAGUAGAGAAGCAAACAACUCAAAACGUCGAAUCAAACGCAGAACCAACAGUUUCACAAAACUUAAAAGUUUUCGUUGGAAAUUUACCUUUUAGCGUUAAAGAUGAUGGUUUGAAGGAUUUGUGUAAGGAUCACGGUGAAAUCACAGAUGCUCAAAUCAUUCGUUUCGGUUCACGUUCAAAAGGUUUCGGUUUCGUUGAUUACGCUACAAAAGAGCAAGCUGAAACCGCUGUAAAAGCUUUAAAUGGACAAGACUACCAAGGUAGAACACUCGUUGUUGAAAUUGCUAGACCAAAAGAACCAAAGGAG